GCCACUUGCUCGGCCGGCGGCGCGCGGAGCGGACCCCCAGCCCGGAGAGGAGGCGCUGCGAGGGCAGGUCCAGCCAGAGCCACUCAGUCCCCGGGGCCUCCGCACGGCCGCCUGGCCCUCGCCCAGCCCGAAAGUCGCCCUCUUGGGGCAGCUCGUCCCAAAGGGUUUCCUCGAAAGUGUCUGUGAAGGCGCAGCGGUGGACAGGGAAUCGCCUUGGGCCUGGAGCGACCACCUGAGAAGAUGCCUGCCUUCAGAGGAGCGCUCCCCCUGGCCGCCUUCACGCUCGCCCUCUGGGGCGCCUGCUCCCCGGUGUGCGUGGAGGUGCCCUCGGAGACGGAGGCCGUCCAGGGCAACGCCAUGAAGCUGCGCUGCAUCUCCUGCAUGAAGAGGGAGGAGGUGGAGGCCACCACGGUGGUGGAAUGGUUCUACAGGCCCGAGGGCGGAAAAGACUUCCUGAUCUACGAGUACCGGAACGGCCACCAGGCCGUGGAGAGCCCGUUCCAGGGGCGGCUGCAGUGGGACGGCAGCAAGGACCUGCAGGACGUGUCCAUCACCGUGCUCAACGUGACCCUCAACGACUCCGGCCUCUACACCUGCAACGUGUCCCGGGAGUUCGAGUUCGAGGCCCACCGCCCCUUUGUGAAGACCACGCGGCUGAUCCCCCUGCGCGUCACCGAGGAGGCUGGAGAGGACUUCACCUCCGUCGUCUCAGAGAUCAUGAUGUACAUCCUCCUGGUCUUCCUCACGCUGUGGCUGCUCAUCGAGAUGAUCUACUGCUACCGGAAGGUCUCCAAGGCUGAGGAGGCCGCCCAGGAGAGCGCGUCCGACUACCUUGCCAUCCCAUCAGAGAACAAGGAGAACCCGGUGGUGCCAGUAGAGGAAUAGAGGGCUGAGGUUCGAGGUGAUGCAGAGGAAAGCGAAGGGGAAGGUGGAUAAGGAUGGCAGAUUGUACCGUGACUUUAAACUUGGGCCCUUGGAUUAAUUUGUUCCCUACCCAAGUCCCGCCCUCAGGAUACUGCUUUCAGUUGAUGCCCAGCCCGUAAGCUCUGUGUGAUGCCGAGCCUUCAGAGGGAAAUUGCUUUGGCUGGGUGUGGGGGCCACGUGAGCUCCUCCCCCAAGUGACGAAGGCACAGUGGCCUCCCGCCCCCUCCUCGUGAGGACUGUGCGCUUGGUCAGGGUCUGUGUGUGGCCGGCGGAGUUGUGCUGCCAUUGACGGGUGAUCUGAGCACUGAGGCGCUGGAGCCCCGGUUCAGUGAUGUCACAGCAUCAGGAGGUGCCCCGGGGGCCACACCGCUCCCCUCCCCAUGGCCUCCUAACUCCAUCCGACCUCUACACAGCAUCAGACUUUACCAGAGCCGAGGAGCCACCAUCUCGACACAGACUCAACCUCACCCCAGCCUGGCGUCCACACAGCAGUACCCAUGCCAACCGGACUCCUCCCCUGUGCGCCCAACAACUCUGAACAAGUGCUGGAGGCAGCACCGCCCUGCGCCCGUGACUGUGGAGCUGGCUCCCUGUGGAGGCUGUCUUGGUGGAAGGAAGCGAGGGACCAGCUGAGGAUGUCACGAGGUGGGAUUUUCUGAAGCCCGUUUUCCAAGGUCUUGGCCCCCUUGCCCAGAGCAUCAGAGCCAAGCGUGCUCCUCUGGGUUCUCCAGCGACGGGAAGUUCCUGAGCAAGGAGAGGAAGUUCCCCGGGGCUCCGUACUGCAGGGCUAGAACCCUUAGGUGUCCAAGGCCCGGCUUGGACUCAGUCCUUCAAGAAGCCAAGGACAAGAGCCUUGGGAGAGACUCAGCAAUUUAAAUGGCUUUUCAAAGUCACACAAAACGUUCAUGAUCCUAUUGGUACGUAUGCCCUCCGCCUCAGGCUGCCACGCCCCCACGUCCAGCCUCCACGCCCAGCGAGCACACACCAGAGACAGCUGGAGCGAUCACUGUCCUGUGGGCACUGGAACUGAAACCCUGCAGUCCUUCCUCUCCACGUGCUCCUGGACAGUUUCCUCACCCUGCAGAGGCCGUGAGGCUCGGACAGGGCUCAGCUCCAUUGGAUUCCAGAGGACACUGGGCGGAGUCAGCCUCAGGCCCUCCCUGCCCAGCUUCCCGAGAUGGGCCCUUGUCCUUGAGAAGACUGACACUGAGAUUGGCUACGACCAUGUCCCUCUCACAAGCACUGACGGUGGGCUGCCCUGCGGAGGGUAACUGAUCUGGCAGCCGGAAGUUGGCGGAGAAGCAGAGGGAAAGGCGGGAACAGUCUCGCAGAAUCUCCUUCCGGAAGGGGAAGGAGUGUGAGUCUGAGCCUCGGGCAGCGGAAUGCCUCCUGGAUGAUCCCUGAGAAGCAUGGACCAUCAGCAGAUGAGUGAAGGGAUGGGCGGCUCCCAAUAAUUCCCCUGGGAAUAUAGAAUAGCCAGGGUUCCCCCUAGGUUUUGGGAGCGCUGAUGAGCACUGGCUGCAUUUUAGUCAAAAUCUCAUGUUGCAUUUUAGUGGAGGGCUUGGUCCCAGUGUGAGUCCCUCAGCAUCCUGUGGGGAGCGGGAGGCGCUCUGUGAGACGGGAUGGACGUGCUGGGACGCGGGAGUGAGAUGGCUCUCGGAUCCGGAGGGAUUUAUGGAGAGAGAUCAGACUCCAUUGGCUUUGGGCCUCACCUGACAAACUCACGCUUUUCAUUUCUUCCGUCUGGGGGAAGUGCUGACCAUAAGUCUUAGUUCACGUCCUGAAGAAGACACGUUCAAUCAAUGCCAGGC